AUGGCCUCUGCUGGAGAGAAAGACGGGCUUAUCAGCAAACAUUCUCCACGAAACGAUGACGGUCGAAGCGAGAGGAACCACAAACUCCAUCGUCGAGCGGCAAAGUCUCGAUCUUAUAGGUACGUUUUAACACUUUCAUAUCGUUUACCGUAGUUAUCAGUGAUUUUAAAGCGCGAAUAUUGAACUCAAAUUCCACAGGAAAUAAUUUGCUUUGAUUGUUUCUCGUUAUAUUAUUGGUUUCUUCGUUCAUGCUGUGCUGUUCUGUGUUAACUCUAGGUCCAAUUUGACUUCUAGUUUCAAGGUCUUGAUUUUGCAAGGUUCAUGUUAAAAUUAACGACUUGCUAACGGAUGAAUAAAUAUUUAAUGAUGGAUCUUUAGGUUAUGGGGUGUGAAUGCAACUUUUGAUGGUGUGAAACUGUUAGAAAUUUUUGUUGUGUUUUGAGAAUUUAUAUCGAUAUAAAUAAGAAUUUAGCUAUAUUCUUCUGCGGCGAACAUUCAUUGAAUCAAAAUUCCGCUAGAAUCUUCGAUUGUGAUUUAUUUUUCCUUUUAGUCGCUUGAUUUUUGGUGGUAGAACGGUGAUCUAAUCAUUAAAAGAAAGCUGUUUUUUAUCAAAUAAAAAAAUCUUGACUCAUAACUUGGUAAUUAUUACUCUUAGGCAAGUCAUUCGACGUUCGGUAAUAGCUUAGAAUAUUUCCUCUACCUCUAACUUGUACUUCCCCACGAAAGCUUGUCUCGCCAUUCAUCUUAUUAAAAAAAAUGGAAUUACGUUCCAAGGGCAUGGACUUUUACAUCGUAUCAGCGAAGAUAUCACUUAAGCUCAUACCUUCAACUUGUCAAAAGCCUUUGUACUGUAAGCUUAGUAUUGUAUGUGAAGGAGAGAAUGAGAAAGCAAUGAUAUAUAUUUUUAAUGUUUAACUUUUGUUUAGCAAACAAAGCGAGCAAUGCAAUCGUCUCGCUGAUUUUAUUUCAAUAAGUUGUUCGACUUUGAAAAUAAAGAGGUCGGUCAUUACUGUUGGACGUUAAUACUAAAUGCAAAUCAAAAGGUAGUUUUCUGAAUCAUGUUUUUGUAUUAAAUUCACGGACUUUAUAUAUUUGCAUAAAGUAAUUCAGAGCCAUUAGCAACAGUAGAUAAAACCGUUCUACGUUCAAUUAGGAACAUAGUGUGGUGUCUUUUCUAUAAAAAAAAUACAGCUAUCCUGUGAAAAAAUAAAUAAUACCAAAUUUUACAAAAAUGCUUUCAUGGGCAGUAUUCCAAAACUUAGUGUUCUCUUAAUACUAAUUUUCAAGUUAAAAUGUUUGAACAAGUUGUUGAUUCUAAUUCUAAAGAGAAUUUUUAUACCUGCCAAUUUUUCUGAGUAAAAUGCAUAAGAUUUUUGUCUUGUCAUUACUGGGGUUUCUAAGCAACUUCCAAGCAAGAUUUCGGAACAUUGCCCAAAAUAUCUGAAGAUGUUCCGACAACCUUUAAGCACUUCUGACACUUUAAAUAAAAAGGCAGCAAUUCUAGGGUUGAGAUACAAAUGAGACACACGGUUAAAAUUAAGCACCUUCUUGGAAGUAUUUUCAGGGAAAUUGGAUUGAGUUUUUGUUAUUAAUCAUGUCUGAAAGAAUAGUUCAUCCAGAUUUGUGAAUCAGGGGUGGGAAAUUGCCCUUGAUGCAUGAGAUCGAUGCCUUAAAUCUACAGGCAUAAGACUCAUGCAUAACGUAUGAUAGGUGGUAGGUAACCUGUACUAGGAAAAAAACAUCCUUUUAUAUCCCAUACACCCACACCAGAACUGGGAGAUUUUGCAUUAGUCAGUUCCAAGAAAGUUUAUUACCCCACCCCCCUUCCCCUCCACGUCCUUCCCCAGGCAUCCCCCUAGCAUUUGAUGCAAGUUUAGCGCUAUAUGGGCGGAAGUUUGCUGCCAAAAAAAGACACCAGGUAGGGCAUAUGACUGUUAACAAAAUGGGGUGGUCAUGGGUCAUUGGCUUUGUGACGUUGCAGUUUUUUCAUAGUCGAUAAUACAUUGUUAUGCAAGGUCAGUAUCAUGCGUUUAUUCAAAGUCUGGAGUACAGACCAGAAGACGUUUUAGAAACUGUUAAACCUUGUGUCCAAAUUAAAUAUAGAAAGUGAUGUUUUAAAAGUAAUUUUCCAUUCCCUCAUCAUCACAACAUGGUACAACAGAUGCUUCAUGCAAACAUCAAUCUUGAUUCUUGUUCUUAUCUGAUCUUUCUUUCACUGGUCCUCAGUUGCAUCUGAAGCUCUGUAGAUGGAAUUGACUGAUUCAGUAGUCUGUAGGGGCUGAAUUAUUGGUCUGGAUUGGUUUGACCACAUUUUGCUGUUACUAUUAUAAAGAAACUCACCAUAAUAACUUUAAUUAUUAUUGGUGUGAUUUCCCACUGAUUUAACUUGUCUUGUACAAAUGACUUUAAGUUGCAUAAAGUAAAGAGUCAUUUCCGUAUCAAAGGCUUCGCACUUGACCUCAUUUUAAAACAGAGGCUUGGGCCUACUUGGAAAUGACCUAUUGCAAUUUUGGGUUUUGGUGAUUUUGACCCAGAAAAAGGAAAAUUUCUUAUGGUGUAGUAUGAAAUGGUCAAAGAAAAUCUAACAUGAAAACAAGAUACUUAAUUUGUCAAAUGGCUGGUGGGGAGGUUUGUGUGCCUUGGGUACCCUGGAAGAUAUACCAGUUGGGAGGUUGAUCCCUGGUAGGUUAAAGAAAUGCUGCUGGGCUGGUUUUGGGUGAAAGGCUAGAUGAAUUGCGACAGGUGGCUCUCCAGGUUGGGGGAAGGGCAAAGGGCUUAUAUCCCAUCCCUGUAAAAAAUGUCAUCACUGAAACCUGACACGUUUGACUUGAGAAAACCUGCUUAGCAUUUCCUUAGCUGCAUCCCUGGGCUCUUAGAAGGCAAAGACUCAGGAAAUAUAUUUACCUACAGAGAGGCAAUGAGUGAACCCCGAGGAAGUGAUGCAGCAGUAGCAAAUAAUGAUGUUCAUGACCUUGCAACACUGGCAGAGUCAAUUUCUGAAGUGUCAUCGCUUCCAUCUACCUCUGAUCAGUACUCUGAUGUUUGUGAGUGGGCGGUAGGUGUUGUAAUCUUGUUUACUUAAGCAUUUACAAAUGAUCAGGAACAAAUCUGUUGUAAGAUCUGGGUCCUAUUGAGUUCCUUGAACUGCCCGUGUACCUUGCUCUUAUCCCAAAGCAUACCAAAAAUAAAUGCUUGUAACCUACUAACCUUUCAAAUCUAUUUGGGCAUGAGUACAUUUUCUUAUUUAUAGGUAUAUCAAACUUAUAUUGCAAUGGUCAAAAUGUAUUAAACAGUCAGUUGGCCAUUCUAUUUCCAGGUUUGAGUGUCAUUGUUACAUGUAUCGUUAGUACUCUAACACUAAAAAGCACACAUCAGAUAAAAUAAUUCAAUAAACCUUUUCCUGACAUUAAUUGUUUUUAUUGGCUAGUUUCUUGUUUUGUAUUGAUGGUUUUGUAGCUCACAUAUAUAUGUUACAGGUCAAAAUUAAAGUCAGGUUAAAAUUUUUGAACCUAGGUUGAUUCUCCAUUUCCUUUGUCUUCUAGCCCUAAUUCGUGGAUAAUUAGGGCUAGGGUUCAAAAAUUUUAACCUGAAUUUAAUUUUGCCCUGUAACAUUUUUCAAGAUUAAUCUGGCAAAAACAAGAUGGCAGCCACAAGUGGUACAGCCGGCCCUGGCGUAAAAGAUAGAAUUCAGGUUGCAAAAUUUCUGAUCUCAAGCAGUAUAAGAAAGAUUGGUUUUAGACACACAAUCGUAUCUUUUUAGAAGAUAAGAUAUUCCAGUUAUGGCUUGGUGUGAAAUUGGAGGCAGGAUAUGAAGGUCCCAGCGUCAGAGAUUUGGCGGCCCAUUAGUACAUUUUCAUUUUGGUAGAUUUUGAAUGUUUUCAGCCUAGAAUAUAGGAUAUUAAGCCUGGGCCUGAAAAACAUUCUCAUAAACAACAGUGUACCAGUGAAAUUUAACAUCCUACAUCGAACACUAAUGAGUUGGGCCCAGCGUGACAAAGCAUUGCAAGAAACCAUCACAUUCACGGACAAAGGAAAAUUGAUUAGUCAUUUAGAUCAAAGGACUUUGGAGAAAUUUUAAGAAUGGAAGCCCUUAUUUAGCCACAAUAAAGAGCUUUACAUUUCUAAAGAGGUUAAAGAAAAUGCUCUUGUAUCAGAAGGCAAAUCCUGCCCACUAUAAACAAAAACCACGCAAGAAAAUUCAUAUGCUUAUCAUGACCUCUGAGUGUGAAACAAGUGGCAAAAAUUGCAUAAUAAAUUUGCUCAAUCAAAAUUUAGAACUAUCCAGAGUAUAAUCUACCUGCGAGAGAAAGAACACUUACUGAAACAAGCAGCAUUUUGGCGGGAUUGCCGGAAGUAAAAGUAGUGUGUUGCCUACUGCCCCCUUUUUCACUAAAAACGAGGGCGGCAGAGCGGGAAGAUCGAUUUUGACAGCGAUUUCCCGAACGUGGGCACCUCAUGAGACUACCCCUUUAAUCCCAAAACAUGUCUGUAUUGUGUUUGUUUUCAGGAAAGUGACAUGAAUGGACAGCACUUGUGGAUGGAUACAGAUGCUUCUGGAAACUCAUGUUACUCAAAUGAUUGUGAAUCACUGGUGAGAGAGUGUUUAUUUUAAUUAACCAAACCCAAAGGUGUGCUCUUAGGUAAAUUGAAAGUAGCCCAGUGCUCUGAACCUGUAUGAUCAAGGGUGCCCAGCACGUGAUUUGUGUGAUAAUACUGAUAAUAAUAAAGCCUGAGGCCAAAAGGUGGGUCCCAGGGGCCACCAGGCUCAUGUAGAGAACAGCCCUGAAGAGCUACACCUUUUUCAGUUUCUGCUUCUUUUAGCAUUUAAGCUGCAAUAUUUGUAAUCAUCAGUAGAUUUUUCAAUGUACUGUAAAACCCCAUUAAUCCCAACACUGAAGGGGCCAAUUAUGUGGGUCUGUAUUAACAAGGUGUUUGUAUUAAGCUGGUUAAAUUUAGAGAUGGAGCGGUUUUCAUUUGAGUGUCGAAAAGUAAUUGGUUUUGCACUUUCUACACGAUGCGAUUGGCUUAAAAGAUUCGCGCCACCUUUUCAUCCAAUCAGAAGUAAGACCAAAGCCAAUUGUGAUGCGCUCGCAUGCAUUUUCCCGCGCUUUGCGUCAGCCACAUGUAAUUACUUCGAGUUUUGAUUGGUUCAAUGUGUUGUCUGUGUCCUAUGUGAUUGGCCAGAGUAAUUACUUUGGUUUUGGUUUUACGACACUCAAACGAAAACCACUCUAAUGUAAGGGCUUUAGUUUCCCAAGGACAUAGCAAACUGUCUGUAAUAAAGAGGUGUCCAUAUUAAGUGGGAGUCUGUAAAGUGGGAUUUGACUGUAACUAAAGAGACGGGUAGUAAUUGUAUCAGGAGCGGUACAUGUAUCUUCAGGACUGCAUUUGUAAGUGAACUGACUCUAAUUAAGAGUUAUCCCUAUGGGAUAAAGGUCUUUGUUAAGAUGCUUAUAGGUAUACAGUGGAACCUUGAUUAUAUACAUAUAAUGAACCUCUUAUUAGGAUAUUCUUCACUCCGGUAUAGUACAACAUACAGAAAAGAACCUCGAUUAAUGACAAAACCUCAUUGUAGCGAACAAAUUUUGCCAGUUCCUUGACCCUUUGAAAAAAUAUUGUGAUUCCACUGUAUUGUGCUUAAAUUUAUUUAAGCACAAUACAUACAUGUAAUACAUUUACAGUGUUCUCCUUAUCAGGCGGUAACCGGUAAAAUUUACCGCCUGAAGCAACACUUCUUACCGCCUGCAACUGCUUAAAGGUUUACCAAAAUUAAAUAAUUUUUUAAAAAAAAAAAUAUGCAAGUUGUGAUCCGAUCCGAUCCUCACAAGAAAAUGAAUGAAUGUAUGGAAAAGUAUAGCUACCUAAGUACAAAACGUACAGCCCAAAAAUAAUGCACGUGCAGGAACUUCUUUUUGCAUCCGCAAGCUGGCAACUUCGUGUGGCUUUUUGCAGGGCGCUUGCGCUUGAAUCCAGCAAGACGCAAGAACUUCUUUUGCGGUUAUAAAUUUAACCACAAGAAUUUCCUAAAAUUAUCUUGAGCAAAGGUAACCUUUUAAGCGAGGAAAUGUUUACAAUUUUGGUAAAAAAGCAGCGCUUGAAAAAAGAAGGAACGAUCGUAUUAUGUUUCGCAAAAGAGCCGUGUAAUUUGAGACCGCACGUGCAACUGUGUCAACUUAAAGCGCUCUCGCAAAAAAAACAUGCUAAAGCAAAGUAAGGAAUAUUUUCACUAAAGGCUCUUUCAAAUUAGCGCAAUAAAGUAAUAAUAAUUCCCAUGUUUUCUUGUGGGCAGAAAUUCAACACCUUUGGUUUGUUUUGCCGAGACUAUGGUAUUGUACUAUGAAAUGAUCCAAAUAAUCAAAAUGUUCGAAACUACAGAUCGUUUUGUUAAAGAAACCCCUCACACGCUUUAUCUAACUUUGGAAAAGCUGAACGAUUGAAGUGUUCACUUUGCAGAGAAAACAGAAAGCUGUUCGCUUUCUCAGGCAACUUUUUACGUGUGUCCUUUCAUGAUUACCUUUUGCUGCCACAGAGUGAAUUAGUGUCAACGCUACAAAACGGUGUUGUAACAAAAUGGCGACAAACACUACAAACUUCUUUCAGGGUAACACUUCUAAAGAACUUCAUGCGCCUUCUUGAGGCUUGCGGUAAUUUUCUAGCUUCUUGCGGUGAAGAUUUUUGACUUCUUUCGUUUCAAAGUUCUUGCGGGUAAACCACAAAGGGUCCGCAAAAAUACGGCACUUUCACUUCUUGCGGUGGCUUGCACGUUCUUGCGGCGCAGCAACUUCUUACGCCCCUUUUUGCGCGUGCAUAAUUUUGGUUCUGUGCUAGUACUGUAUAUGCAGUUUUCCUUUUUAGGGACAUGCAUUUUGGAAAGAGAAGAUUAAAGACAUAGUAAAAUUAUUGGAAUCAAACGUUUUAAUUGGUCGUCUAAAGAUAACGACAGCAGAUUUGUGUAAAACAGGUCUUAAAAUAUGGGAAUAAAAAAUUUCCCAGUGAGGGCGGGUCCAUGUCCCUCACUCCACUGACCCCCCUCCCCCCCCUCUUAGAAAAGUAUAUAUUUUUUGCCUUACCGUCCAUGAAUGGUCCCUUACCUGCUGAGUGAAAAUUUAGGGAGAACACUGCAUUUAAUAUACAUACACAAUAUAUUUUCUAUUCUCUGCUUUCAAACUAUUUCAGUUUCCCAGAAUGAUUAAGAACUUAAUUGAAGUGUUUUGUUUAUAGAAAUCAGGACCAAGAAAGAAGUGUUCAGGUAUGUCUAGGAAUGAGUAUUAAUUUUGCAGAGGGAUAGAAUGAUAGAAUCAGGUUAUCGUUUUGUCUUGCCUGUUUUAUCAUAUGUAUGCAACUGCAGACACCUUUCAAGUUAGUGUUGAGGCCUUGUCUGGGUGCAUGUGUCCAUAUUCUGAAUUUUAAGAAUCCUUCAUUUCACAAAUUGAGGAGAGAACCAUGUCCUUGAUGGUGUUUUCACUUCUGAGUUUCCAGUAACUGGACAAUUCUUAUCUUCUUCAACAUCAGUUGGAGGCCUGGUCGAUUUAGUGGUUAACAAAUUACUGCUUGAGAUCGAUCUUUUUGUCUGGGACCAAGCCUUCAAUUGCCUCGCUUCCUUAGAUACAUGUAAACUAAUAAGCUUUGCUCCGCAUUUUUUGACAAACCUGAAAAGUUGUUGAGCAUGCAUUUUGUUGAUUUUAAAUUUCGUUAAUUGCUAUGGGAAUCUUCAGCAACAAAGUGUUAGUCUUAAGAAAUGGAUCUGUCUGGUGGUCAUGUCCGACUGCAAGUGGGAUUUCAUCAGACAAUGUCUGAUGACCGACUGUUAUUACCACUCAGUUUCAUCUGCCUUAUGUUGCUGAAAUUUAUAGAGGUCCUCUUAGUGGGUGUACGUAUGUCCUUAGUCUGAAUUUCAAAUAUUAUGGUUGUUUGGCAUUUUGAGUAGGCCAUGUUCCUGUUGGUAUUUAACCCAUCUUUAUCUUCUUUGUCGCCAUUUCAUCUAGUCUUAUGUCACUGUUUCAAGGCCAUGUAGCUUGUUGAAAUUUUACCCUAACAGGGCCUCUUUGUAUAGGUAAUAGCAUGAUUUGUAGUGAUAUUUGGCAUAAAUACCAAGAGUGAUAUUUUGAAAUUGUUGUACGUAAUUUCACGAGCCGUUAGGCGAGUGAAAUUUGAGACAACUUUGAACUAUCCGAAGUGGUAUUUAUGCCAAAUAUCACGUACAAAUCAUGCUAUUAUUUGUUUAUACCACUACCAGCUAAAGUUUUGUAAUUUUCACAUGUAGGUAUUUCAAAUGAAAAACCACUGCUCUAAGCCAAUCAAAUUGCAGAAAUUUCUCAUUUAGUGGUAUAAAAAGUGGAAUUUUAUAGUUUUUUCUUUCAUUCUUGACGUUGUAUUACAGUAGCUAAUAAAGAAAGUGUAUUUUCAUUUUGACCCUACAGCUUGUAAAAUUAUUGUACAUACAAAGUGUAUAGAACAGCUAUACAGGGUAAGUGUAAAGUUGUAUUUGAUAAAUAAUAUGUCAAGUCCUUAUGGGUGGCUUAGUCCUCUAUGGAUGGUGUAAUUAUCACAUUAAAUUUUGACCCUGCUCACUAUAGAGCCUCCAGUAGCCUUAGUGGUGAGAGCAUCGGAUCUAGAACUAAGAAUUUUUUUCUGAGUUAUCUGGUGUUUGAUAUCUCCUUUUAAGUUUCUUGUUGAUUUUGAGUGACAUUGCAAUACAGGAUUUUACUUGCCAAGACAUGAGAUUUCUUUAGUUAUCCUGUAAGCAAAAUAAUUUAUUUUGCAAUAAACUGGUCCUCAUCUUGACUGGACAUUUUACUGAAUGAAAAAAAUUGUUUAACAUCAGUCUUGUUUCCUCUUUAACUUCCCUAUCUACUAUCUAGCUACUGAUCCGUCUUCCUGUAUUACCUGUCAGAGGAGUUGAUCGAUGCUCAUGAAAAACUGUCAAAAAAAAAUCAAUAUUAUUAUUAAUAAUGUUUUGAAAAUGGUUUUGGACAAUUUGGUACAAAUUUUAGGAUCUGCACAAGACUUUUUUGCAGUUGUUACUAGCUUGUACACCUCGGUUCAAUCUCUGUUGUCAAGAAUAACCUGAAAUAAAAUGAUAGGGAUGUGUAUGACUUGUCGGUACAUUUUGCAUAGAGUUCUAAAGUGACGACGUCAUAAAAAUUAAAAUUUUGAAAUUAUGGGAUUUGUUUGGAUAUUUUGAAAGAACAACAUCUGAAAGGCCUACUUGCCAAAAACUAGCAUUGUGGGGCAAACUGUCUCAGAGAUACCAGACCUGUUUUGCUCUGAUGACUCCAUGCAAAUCCUUCUAAAUUUGAUGUGGUUCCUGAUGUUAUGAACUGAGUCAAAUUUAGACAGAUUUGUAUGGAGUCAUCAGAGAAUAACUGGGCUAAUAUCUCAAAGACAGUUUGCCCUGAAAUGCUAAUAUACAUAGGCCUUUUGGAUAUUGUUCUUUCAUAAUACCCCCAAAAAUCCUAUAGUUUCACAAAGUAAAUUUUUUAUGACGUCAAACUUUAAGACUCUAUAGGUAUAAAUAUUAUUGAGCUCUUUACAAGACGUUUUUGUUCUGAAUGGUGUGUUUUUUGUGUUUUUCCAUUUCAGAUAAAUUUCAAAUGCAAACCAACAUUUCGGGAAAUUCACCCCAAGGGUACUCAUGAGGUAAAAACUUGAUGAACUUGUUGUGUUAAUAUACUGUACAGCAUUUCCACCAUAAGUUUAGGAGCUGUGUCACAGAUUCAACCAAAAUUCUAUUAGUAGGAACUACAACCAAAUUGAAAUAAUUACUCAAAACGUUAAAAGAGGGUAUUAAAAACAGUCAGCUGAUACAAAAGUAAGCAUGGGUGGACAAACUUUAAAUAUAUUAAAACGGAUUGAAGUUGUAGCUUGUUGUUUGCAAAGUUUGAUAUGAUGCUUGGGAAGUACAGUGUUUGGACAAGAAGCUGUGAUUUUGUCAUUUACAAGUAAUUUCUUUGUUAAGGUUAAGUUUCAUAGUGCAUAAGGAAGUGUAAUAAAUGCAUUUAAAUGCAAUUUAAAGGAGUUCACAACUAAGAGCGUCUUAAGUGCCAGAGGUCAGCGGUCUUUUGGCAUGCGCAUGCCCAGUAGCUCGCUACAUCAAUCAUUUGAUUCAGUGGUGCGUAGAGUUUUCCUUUGCGCUGUGUUGUUCAUCCCACCUCUAGCUCUCCUUGCACUGCUGUGAUAAAUAUUUUUAUAACUGGUUAGUUUAUUUUAAUGGAUACAUGUACUAUAAGCAGUUUUGUCUUAAUCCUUGGCAUUAUUAAAAGCUGUUUUUACUCCAGGCAUCAUCAGUAAAUGUAGAACACUAAUUUCUCAAUUUGAUUGGUAAAGCUCCUACACUGUAUACCUUUUUAGAGUAACGUGCGGCAUCACUGGGUUCAUAGGCGGAAACAGGAAGGCAAAUGUCAUCAUUGUGGCAAGGUAUUUUCAACCUGAGAACUUGUUAGUUACCAUAAAUAAUGAUAAAUGACCAAAUAGAGGUCCACUUCCAUUUAAUAAACGCCCACUCUAUGCUUUUAAAAUUGUAUUAGACACCCCUCUCUAAUAAAUGCCUCCUGUCUAAUAGAUGCCCCUUGUGAAAAUUUAAGUGCAAAAUGUUAGAAAGUAGCUAAAAGGAGCAAAAUCAUUCUAUUUAUUCAGUAUCUUGGUUAAUUAACAAGGCUUUGCAUAUUUAAUCUUGUUCAAUGUCAAUUUUAUAGUAAGGAUAGACUAACGAUCACAACACAGUAACCCUGAGCGAGGAUUCUGACAUUGAUGUUGGGAUUUGAAAGAGUGAUAUGGGUCUCGUCAGUGACAAAAUUGUUGAGACAUACUCAAAUAGGGUAACUUCAGAGAGCGUAAGAAUCCAUACCCCUCCCCUGUCCCCUCCAUUCAAAGUUGGGGUGUUUUUUUUUUCUAAAGGUAGCUCCAACAGCGGCACAACAUUGCGUGGAGGGGAUGGGAGAGGAAAAGCUAUAUUUUCCUCUUUUGAAGUCAGGAAAACGUCAAAAAGCCCCUUUAGGGCAAAAGGUCUCAACUUAUUUUGUUGCCGAUUGUAGAAACAUGUCCAGACGUAUCAAUGGAUGGAGUGGAUAUUCCGCUUUUUAAAAAAGUCUCUUGAUAUUUUUGCUGAAGCAUAUUAGGAUUGUUGAGCUUGUUACAAUUAAGAGAAUAUAUGCCUCUCUCUGUUAGAUGCCUCCUAUCUAUUAAACACCCUCGCUUGGACCCUUAAAUUCAAAUAGAUGCGCCAGUCAUUUAUUAGGUCAUUUAUGGUACUGUAAAUCAGUUACAGUACUGUUCAAAAGUGGUGGUAGUGUAUCAAGUGACCAGUGGAGGUUUUCUUGGAAUGUUGAAUUUUUCUCAAAAUGCACAAAUGUUCAGUAGCUUAGGACGGUUUUUUAUUCUGACGUGGAGCGGCUUUAAAAAUAUCCUCCUGAAAUGUUGUAUCUUUCUCCUGCUACUAGAAUUCUUAAUGAAAACCCUGAGUUUUUAUUUCUCAUGUAAAAUAUUCUAUGAUCUAUACUUGUUCCUACUAUAGACUGAUAAAUUUCCAGGCAUUACAAAGGGUGCGUACUCAAUGAUAAUGAUGCAGAAUGCUUUCUUUACAGUCAUUGUACAAGCAUUUCUUUAAACAUAUAAUUAUUGGUUAAUCUUCUGUUCUUUAAUCUUGAUAAAUUUACUUUUGUUUUCUUUCUGUGGCAACAGUCUUUUCAACAUAAGCUGUCCUUUCAAUCCAAGGUAAAUCAUUUUACUUGUAUGUGAAUUUUUAGUUCCUGGUGGUUUGUUAAGAAUAGAAGUCAUUUUCUUGACAAGAUUGUGAUGAAAACAGUGUCUGGGAUUCAUGUAGGUUUUUUUAGUUGUUAAAAAGUGACUAUUUGCGUGUUGACAAUAAACAUUUUAUAGUCGAACCUCUCCACAAUGGCCACCUUGGGGACGGAAGAAAGUGGCCGUUCUGGAGAGGUGGCCGUUAUGGGGAGGUUGGGGUGUCAUAUGACAAUUUUUUCAGGGAGUACAACUUGUUUAUUGUGCUAAGUUUGUGCAUCCCAUAAUGGUACAUGUAAUUAUCCAAUCACAAAUAAUGUACAGAGAGAUGGCUGUUACUGGAGGUUCGACUGUAGUUUUCAAAGUAUUGUGUAGUUGUCCUGUUUAGUUGUCUGUACAAUAGCUUCCCCCUCCAUACGUCCAGGAAGGUCGUCUUGCUCAAGUAAAAGCGAUUUGAAUAAACAAAGAUUGGACAAAUUUUCCUACACUUGAUGUUGAACAAGCAUUCAUACAAAUUUGAUAUGUGGGGAUAAUUCCUGUUUAUUUAUUUUCACUGUUGGGUAUCCUCUGUAAAAAUCUUGUAUGAAAGCAGCCUUUGAUACUCCACUCAAACUGUUUUAUGUACCAUUUGUAUUGUAGCAAAUGAUUAUCUUUUUUCAAACAGGAUAUCAUCGCAAUCAGUUGUUCUUGGUGCAAAGCUGCAGUAAGUGACAUUGUAAUUAAAUUUUUUUAGUGUUAUCCAAAAAAAAAUUAACGUAGUGCUGAGUUUCUGUAUGAUAACUGGUCUUUUCUCAAGCAUGGAGUUAUUUUUAGAACCUUGACCCAGCGUAAUGUAACAUACUUGUCGUUAAACUGAAUAAGCUGAUUUCUUUUCAGUACCACAACAGAGUAGAGUGUUUCAAGAUGCAGAAGAUAGAUGAAAUGUGUGAUUUGGGAGCUCAUGCCAAUCUUAUAGUUCCUCCAUCAUGGGUUGUCAAACUCCCCCCUAAAAGAGUAAGUCAUUUUUCUGUCAUUUGUCUGUCUAAUGAACUGUUCACCCCCCAUUCCCACCCCCCAUAUUUGCGAGUGAACAUGUAUAUGUUACAGGUCAAACCUGAUUUCAGUUUGAAUUUUUUAAACCUAGGUUGAUUCUCAGUUUCCUUUACCUCCUAGCCCUAAUUAUCCAUGAAUUAGGGCCAGGGGCCCGUUUCUCGAAAGUCCCGAUUAUUAACGGGCCCGGUAAGCUGUCUCCGUUUACGUUAAAGAUCGAAGUUUCAAUAGUUUUACAUCUAACAUGAUGAAACUAUCAGUUAAUGAAACGAAAUGGAGUAGUUUGCUUGCCAGGACCUGCGCUCUUAUUCUUUAUAUUUCGAUUUGAAUAUUUGAUUUCGGGCCCGAAAAGUUACCGGGACUUUCGAGAAACGGGCCCCAGGAAAGUAAGGAAAUUGAGAAUCAGCCUACAACAGGUUAAAUGAAAAUCAACCUGAAAUCAAAUUUGACCUGUAACAUAUAUUGUAUACAAAUGCCUCACUUUCAAGUUUUAGUUGUAUGUUUCUUUUUGUAGUAUCUUAUAAUGGUACGAAACAAAUGUGCAAUUCAAGUUACCAGUUGUCUUAUUUCCUUUGAUACAUUGCUUUGACUGCAUUUUUUUUUGCUACACGAUUCCCAUCAUGCACUUUUGAGUAGCACAUAUUUCGAAAAAACAGUGAAAUCUUCUGCGUUAUCCAUCUUGAGUUUAUGUGCUAUUUUUUUUAUGUUUAAGGUAAGAGGUUCUUCUAUGAAGAGAGGCAGCUUUAAUAAAAAGAGAUCUGUUAAGAGAAAAUCUACAAAGGUUUGUUUUCUUAUAAUAAUUAGUGAGGGCCCGUUUGUUGUUUGCCUCACAAUCAUCACUUUGCCACUGAUCACAGCAACAUUACCGGACGAUGAUGUCUGAACUUUUGAUAUUCACUGAUGCAUUAAUCAGUUCAUAUUACUUCAGUCAGUCACAGUACCGCUACGUACAAUAUUAUUUUAAUGUCUAGAUAAUUGUUAUUUUUCAGAUAAAUUCAACUAAGCUUCUUAUAAAAAUAACAGUUAUUCCUUAAACCAUUUUUUUGUCAUGUUUAACCCCGGCAAUUUCUGUUGAUGCUAACACUAUCUCUUUGCUAUUCAUUUCUUCAAGUUUGUUUGAGUCAAUUUUUGUUAUGUUUUGUUGAUGGUGAACACUUAUAACAGAAACAGAGCAGUAGUGAGAGUGACAGCGAUGACUUCAUCUUGCUUGAUCUUGACUGGUACCAUAACUGCAACAAUCCUUGCUGUAAUGUGAGGUUUUAAAGAAAUUUAAUCUAAAAACCAUUAAUAAGAUCUUGUGAUGAUUUUGCUAAUUAAAAAUUUAACACUUUUUGCCAUUGUUAUUAAAAAUGCUAUGUGUUAAAGAGACUGCCGAGCAACUGUAACCAUAAAAGAAAUAAACUGUAAUCUUAAUUUUCAGUUUAAAUGCAUUGUAUUGCCUGCGUUAUAACACCAGACCCUUUGUUAAUUUGAAACACUAACAGAAUUUGCAAUUGUCAUGUUAUUUCUUUAACUUCUCCAUAAUUGAAAAGCAAGCUUUGUCUUCUUCGUGUGUGAAUAAAAUAAUUAUUUUUUUAAUCUUCUUGUUAGUUGAAAAACAAUUUUCCCGUAUUUUAUGUGCAAUCCCAAUUUAUUGGCAUAUUAAUUAUUAGUAUUGUCCAUAUUUCCUAAGAGCCUUGUCUGAAAUAAGUCCUAGGAGUGGUUUUGAACAGAAAUCUUCUAAAUUGAUAUUUAGUACUAAUCGCUGCUGUGAUAAAACUUAUGUUGAACUCAGUCUAAGUUGUUGCAAGUGAUUCAAGGAAGCUUAUAACACCUAUGAAUAAGUUCAAACUUAAGAUUUUUUACUUAUUUUUGACACUUUGAGCAGCUCUUUUACUGCUUAAAAGAAGCAACGAUUUAGUGUGCUUUUUAUUCUCUUUUUUUGCCCAGAGUUAAAAAGUACUUUAUACAGUGGAACCCUGCUAUAACGAAGACCUCUUGAAAACUAAAAGCUUCUGAAAGCCUGGCAGAAUUACAGUAAAAUAUGUGGAAACGAACCCUGCCAUAACAAUUAGAUUUUGACGCUCCCAACCCACAAUUGACCCCGCUGUAGCAUAUAGUUGUUCCAGUUGCUUGCAGAGUCAUUAGAAACAACAUAUUUGAGUAGAAAUUACAGCUUGCUUUAUUCUGGUUUUGAGAAAUACGUGUACGUCUGUACUAUUGUAGUGUUCAAUUUAUGCUUCAGCAUGCUGACACAUCUUCCUGUCUUGCAGUAUUGAAUUUUUGGUAAUUAUUAUUUAUUAAAUUACCCCACUGUAACAAAUAUUUUUGCUGUUAACCAGAUAAUUUGAUAACAAAGACCCCACUAUAAUGAACAGUUUUUUCGGUACCGUGGCACUUCAUUAUAGCUGAGUUCCACUGUUUAAGGUCAUCAUCACAUUUUUGUUUUGAACUCCUUAAUCAACAUUUAAAUUAUUUAAAUUUACCAUUAAUCUAUAAUUAGUUAAAUCUUUACUUCAUAACAGCCUUUACUUCUUAUUUCUUACACAUUUGAUAAAAGAAUAAUAAUAACCUCGUUGCUUCUUUUUUCUUCAGGAAAAAAAACCGUUUGUGGUAAGUUAUGGCUUACUUUCAUUUUCUAAAAACAGAAAUCGGCUGCCUUGUUUCGUUAACCAUGCGUUUUGAGUACUCUGUUGGUACACUGCACAUAAUUUCAUGAUUUUUGCAAGACAGUAUUUUGCGGGGUUUUAUUUUGACAACUUUUUUAUUUGCAGCAAACAAAUAUGAAAAUUAGAGGAUGUGAGGAUUUAUAUUCACGGGUCUUUAAUUUCGGGAAUUUUUGACGAUCAUGAAAAAUGCGUAAUUAAGGACCCACAAAAGUUUAAUCCCAUGUUUACUUAACUAGAUCAAGCCUUCUGGAUCUGCUCAACGCAAGCCUCUACUUGUGUUCAUAAACCCAAGGAGUGGUGGAAAUCAGGUUGGCUGUCAUCUUAAGUAUUCCUUCUAAUCAUAACUAUAACAAAAUUGUCAAAUCGAAUUGGCUUUCAACCGUUCUGAUUUCCAUACUAAUAGGACAGUGUAAUAGGACAGUACAAGUCAUGCCUUAGUAAUUGGACAGUACUCAAGUACAUGCCAUCAAAUGUGCGCACUUGAAUAGGUUUUUUAUUUUCACUUCUAGCAAAAAACGGAACAUCCUGUGUUUGAAUUGGUAACAGAACUUUGUUUUGUCCAAUUCAGUUUGUAAUCAUGGUGUUUAACAAAAAUCGGACUCCCCUAUGCUGUUAUGUAAUUUUGUUAAUCACUUCUAUGAUUACAGACGGAAUUGGGCCCCACUUUGGUCCUAUUGUUAAGUUUAUUUUUUUCAUUCCUAGUUCAAGUUAUAGCACUGUGAUUUGUCACUCUUAUGAUAAAUUCUCUGGCUUGAAAAUUACAGUAAAAAUAGAUAUUGUAUUAUUUCUAAUAAAAUCGGCACAGAUUAUGGGGAGGUUUAGCCAUUGUCAUCACAUACUACACAGCUUUUAUUACAUGUGUGGGAAUUUAAUAAAUUAUUAUUUCUUACCACAGGGUGCAAAAAUCAUGCACAAGUUCCAGUGGCUGCUGAACCCCAGACAAGUUUUUGAUCUAUCCAAGGGGGGAGGAGGUCCCAAAAUGGGGUAAGUAUUCAUCAAAUCUCAUUAUUUUUUCUUUAUUUCAUUUAUUUCACUUAUUAUGACUUGAAUUGUGGGCCAGUUGUGACUGACAUCAAUUUUCUAAUAACAACAUUAGCAGAUCAUCAAGAGUAAAGUUUAUGAGAAUUACUAAAUUAAUUACCAAAGGGAGAACGCUUUGAUCUUAAACCAAAUUCUCCCAACUAUUCUUCAAAGAAAUGUAUGGAGAUCAGUCUGGAGAAUUUGUAUGUGGAUCUUGGAGCUUAAAGGGUUAAGAUUCUGAUUCAGAGUUGAAACUUAGAUUACAUUGUCAGUCAUAUGCAAUAAGCAGGUGGGGAACUGACCAGCUGGUUUUUUAAAAAAAUUCUCAAAUUCUGUUCAUGUUUACAUUUCCAGUCUGCAUCUUUCAAAUAUGUUGUUCUUUUCGUUGCAGACUUGAAUUGUACAGAAAGGUUCCAAAUCUUAGAAUACUGGCUUGUGGAGGAGAUGGCACUGUGAGUUACUUUUUAAACCUUUUGUGUGGUCCACCUUGAUGACUCAUAAAUAAUGAGUUAUUAAAGUUCCUGCACUUAAAGAUUAAUAGACAAGUAUUUUGUAGGUGGCACACUUGCAAAUUUUGAAGUGUAACUUAUGUUGCCUUUUUUGUGUCUUGUCCAGGUUGGCUGGGUUUUGUCUGAACUCGACAAGCAAAAAAUCACACCCCCACCCCCAGUUGCAGUGCUUCCACUGGGAACAGGAAAUGACUUGUCAAGAGUGCUCAACUGGGGAGGGGUGAGUAUGCUGACUGGGCUUCAUUGAGUAGUUGUGUUAUGUGGCAGUUGUGGAGGAGUGAGUAUAUCAAGAAGAAGACUGUAGUGUUUAUCCCGGCCAGAACAGAUGGACAUAAUAAGAGUGUGGUCUUACAGCAGGGUUCUACUGGAAGAUGAUAGUACAGUAAUAGCUAUAGCGAAAAGCUGACUUGCUAUAAAAUUAUGUUUUGUUGUAGGGUUAUACUGAUGAACCAUUGUCUAGAAUUCUCACGCACAUUGAUCAAGGAAGUGUUGUACAACUAGACAGGUAUGGUCUGAUUUUAAUUAGACCCUGACCACUAACCGUUUUGUUUGAAAAUUCAGGCAUUUACAUGUAUUUCAGCCUUGAAUCUGUAAUAAAAUGAUCAAAGUAUAGUAUUUUAAUCCAAUAAAGCCCAGCAAGCGAAUGUUUCUGGAUCAGUACAAGAAUUUCUUUCAUUUGAUGAAGUAAGCAAAAGUGAAGGAUGAGAAUAUGAAAACUUGCCUUUUCCAUGCCCCUCCCUUGUUCUUGUGUUUGCGUAAUAAUAUUGCUUUUCACUCUACCUGUGAACUGGAGUAUAAGUACAGUCAUUGCCAUUUGUUUCAAUACGUUCUUACUUGUAUAAUCUUUGUUAUUAUAUAAGAACAUUUAUGUUAUGCUUAUUUUGUACAUGUAAACCAAUCUUCAGCCACUGCUGAUAGACUUUUAUUUAGUCAGAUGUACCCACUCGCACUGGUCCCAAAAGUUUGAAAAAGUCAAUUUUUUUAGUUCUACUCGCUGCAGAGUACCAUACAGAAAAAGUAUACGUGUAGGUAAUUUCAUGAGCCAUUAGGUUGAUGCACUUUUCUUAGUGUUUUGGUUUUCUGAAUUUGUGUAUUGAGUUCUUGAAUCUCUUCCUCUUGAAAAUCUAGAAGUCUUUCCGCCAUUGUUUUUGAACUUGCCUGGCCACCUUGUCUCGUGGUUUUGGUUAGCAUGGAAACAGUAACUUUCGUGUGUAGGUAUUUCAAAUUAAGCUGAAAUGCCACUGUUCUAAGGCAAUUAAAUUGCAGUAAUUUCUCAUGCAGUUGAAUAAAGGCUAUAAUUAAUUAAGAUGACUGACUUUUCCAGAUGGAAUCUUGAAGCAAUGGCAAACGAAGCAGGUGAAAUUGACCCCAGUGACGAAGCAGUGGCAGACAAGGUACAAACAUGAUUGGUGAUUCAGUGCAGAGUAAUAAUAGAGGACUAGAAAAUCCGGCCAUGGGAAGGGAGAUCAUUUACAAUGUAGCAAAAAUAAUAGUCACUAUUAGAAAACAUAUGGUACUAUAUGGGAGAGGCUUCAUUUGGUCACAUUAAGAGGAUUUUCAUCAGCACACUUGAAAUUUUAGAGCCACCAUAGCUGCAUUGAGAAAAGUAUUCAUUUGCUAUUGAUCUACAGUUUUCUAAUGAGCAAGCAGUGUUAUCACAAUUAUUUUCUUGAUCAUUCUAUGUCUUUGUGAUUUGCAGCUUCCAUUGAAUGUAAUGAACAACUAUUUCAGCUUAGGAUUUGAUGCUGAAGUUUGUUUAGAAUUCCAUGAAUCAAGAGGUGAGUAUUGCAAUAUGUUUAAAUUAAGUGUUUUUAUAUUUUAUUUGAGCCUUUUAGCUAGUUUGUUUUUCAUUAUCUUUAAUGUAGAUUGUAAUAAGGAAUACAAGGCAAGGUAAAAUUAAGAUUAAGCCAGUGAAAUUAUUGUCGAUCAGCAUAAGCAUUAACUAAUCCUUCAAGUGAAGUAUGCAGAAUUAAAGUUACACCGCGUGAUUGCGCAAUAAAAGUUGAGUCAGAGCAUUUAAAAUUGCCAAAAUAGGUGAGAAGCCUAAAGAUCUGCCUCAUAUGUCACAUUUCCAAUGAAAUCAGAAGUUCCUUUGCGUGUUUGUUUUGGCAGCAAGUAUUAAACAAAUUCAACAAGCUAAAGGAUAGCAGAUGCUUCUUGUCAUUCUGAUUGAUCAUUGGCGCAAAACUUUCUAGCUAAGGAAUUUCCUAGUGAGAAUAAAUGCAAAAGGUUAUUUUUACAGUUCACGCCUCUGGUGGGUGCAAGCCGAGAACAGUUUGGAGGACUUCCUUUCUGGUUCUUGCUAAAAUCGUUUGUCUUACUGAGUGUCGAUUUGUAUCUGUUUUCAUUUGCUUGCAACAUGUGAUUUGACUUGCUGUCUUGAAAUUUUUAAUGACCCUUUUUUCGUUAUUUUUCUUUUUCCAGAGGCUAAUCCAGAAAAAUUCAAAAAUAGAUUUAAAAAUUUUGUCUUUUAUGGGAAGGUGAGUGUUGCUUGUUGCCAUACAUGUUUUCUUAGUUAUGUCUGUGUGGUAGGUGAAGAAAGUUCAUUUUCAAAACAAGCCCAAUAUUUUAGUCAUGUUUAAAAGCAUUGUGCGCGCUCUGAAGACUGAGUUUUUUUGUUUUAGGCUGGCAGUGCCACCUUCCUACAACGAAAGGCCCAUAAUUUUUUCAAAUACACUACUCUACAGGUAUUGGUCCUUCCUUUCUGUUCUUAGUGCCUUUCUGUCCAUGUACUUGCGUCAUUCCAUCACCAGUGCUUUAUAUGGCAGCCAAAAGCAAAUUCGUUAGGUGUCUUCAUCUUGUCUUUCAGUGUGAUGGAGUUGAUCUUACCGAAAAACUUCAAGAAGCCAAGCCUUUAUGUCUUUUAUUUGUUAAUAUACCUUCGUAAGUACCUUUGUUUAUUAUGAUUGCUUUUUCUUCAAUGUCGGCUCUUCCUAUCAUUGCGAAGCAGGAACUAAGGUUCUUGAUGGUAUGAUCAUAACUUUUCCAGCCGUCUGAUACUCUUGGGCCCGGUUCAGUCGCCGAACUUUUCGUGAGCCGAACCUAAUACAUUGAAUUAGGUUCAUGAAAAGUUCGACGUCGGAAUCAGUUAGGAACGCCUAUUUCAAUGGGCCAUUUCCGAGUUCCCCCAGGCCUGUAUAUCAAAGUGAGGUUAAGUGCUCAGCCUUUGAUAUGGAAAUGAUUUUUCAUUCUCAUCCAAAUAUAGCUCAUUUUCACAAGAAAGGUUGUGUACUUGGCCUCAUUUUGAAAGUGAGCCUUUUUUUAAACUCGGAAAUGCCCUAGUUGGAACAGCUCAGCCGUUCUUCCCCCCUAGCCAGGCCGGGAAUUUUGCCUUUGGAGCGACUUUGGAACGGUUUUGAUUCAGACGACAAACUCGUCAUGUGCCUUACCUAAUGUAUAAAUUAUUAUAACGUAUUUUGCAAGCAGUUUGACCGAAAUAGCAUUUUUAUCCUUUUGACUUUAGUUCGACUGGAAUUAAGAUCGAUGUCUGAAUCAGUUCAGCCGGUGUAAAUAAUUUGGGUCGGCUUUAAUUCGAAUUAGGUUCGGCUCAUGAAAAAAGAUCGGCGUCUGAACCCGGCCUUACCAGUAUAGUUUGGCUUUAUUUUUUAUUAUUCGUUUUUCUAGGUAUAGUGCUGGAACGUCUCCAUGGGGCCAUCCUGGGAGAGAAAGUGUAAGUUUGUAUCCACUAACCUAUGGACUGUGACCCAAGUAAAAAGAAAACCAAUUGAAUUAAAUCUUGUAAGUGAGAUUAGUAUUAUUGACUUUUGGUUGCAAUUUGGUUUCAGGAUUUUCAGCCUCAAAGGUUUGAUGAUGGUCUUCUGGAGGUGAUAGGUCUCAACACCGGUAGUCUGGUAGGUAAACUAUAUUACUUGCCCGCCUGCUGGGAACUCGGUUAGAGCAACCCAGAUCUGGCAAGCGGGCCUGUCUGCCUUCAUAUGGGAAAUAUUGCACGGGUAUUAAAGGCUAAUUAUGUAUAGGAAUUGUGUCGUAACUUGGUUACAGCAAUAUCACUUUGUUGAUAGUAUUUUGAUUAAUAAGGCAAAGAGUUAGAACGUAGUUGUUUGUCGUGCGUUUUUGACUGUCGUGUUGUUGUUUGCAGGCUACAACACGUGUAGGAGGACACGGUGAGAGAAUAGCACAGUGUAAAGAGGCUGUUCUCGUCACUCGCAAGGCCCUACCCAUGCAAGUGGAUGGAGGUACGCAUGCAUAUCCAUUUAAGCGAAAUCUGGGAAUGUGAAAGAUUGAAAGUAAUAUAGUUGUUCGAGGGGGCUAUUAACGCAGCUGCCUGUACUAAUGGUAUUGUGUUAGUUGCUUGUCAUUUCCUUAUGGAUGUUUUUUUACAGUAUACAAAGUAAGAUCUUAGAGCAACUUAGAAUUUAUUCUGCUAUAAUCGUUUAGUUCUUCCUUCUUUUAUGUUUACUAGAGGUUUAAUUAAAUUCUUGAAAAAGUGAAGAUAGCGUUUUGUUGUAGAGCGGUUUUCACUUGACUGUCGAAAUUGGGAUUGGUUUUGGUUUUGGUUUUGGUUUUACUACGCCCUUUGGUUGGCUAGUGUAUUUACUUUGGUUUUGGUUUUACGACAGUCAAGUGAAAACCGCUCUAAUAAGAUGAUACACUAAAUAACACUACCAUAAAAAGUGCAGCUCAGUUACUUUCAUUAAUAUAAGCGAUACAUCCACAGGCUAAAACUUUGGACAAGAAAAAAAUCCCCGUUUUCUCAACGUACGUUUGUUAUGUAUAUCUUUGGGGCGGGGGGUGGGGAUGAGUUUAAAAUUUUCCUUAGAAUACUAAUUUGAGACAACUCAUCACCAAAUGCAAAGUGUCUCUCUCUUUUGUGAAAAUUUAUCUUGUUUUUUUACUUGUUUCAGAACCUUGCAGAAUGACUCCGUGCAUAAUACGGAUUUCUCGAAGAAACCAGGCGAACAUGAUACAAAAAGUAAAGGUCAGUAAGCCUCUCUGUUCAGAUUCAACUAUAGGUCAACUUUGUAUGAAUGAACAGAUACCUGGCUUGGCUACGGACGCAAGCAAAACUAGUUACGAGAGAAUGGCUGGACAACCGACAACUUUAACUAACAAUAAAUUACUGUUUAACUCUGUCAACAGACGGUUCAAAACGCACCAAUGACAUUACGAGUCUUCAUAGCCAAUAACAUCAUGGCUUAACUGACAGACUACCAAUAACAUCGCGACUUAACUGAACAAUCAGGUCAAUAACCUUUAAUACCAUCAACUGACGUGAUACAACUCAUUUUGAAUCUGAAGAUGACUAUGGCACAGGUUGUCGAAACGUCAGUCACUGUCAACAACAGUCAGGACUACGUUCACCUGCAAGAUCAUGCUCAACGUACCUAAGUCAAUAAUUAUAGGUACUAUGCUUGGCUGAAGCAGUGAACCUAUCCUCGUACGAGUGCGUCUAAGUUUGUAUUCCUAUGCAGACUCUUGCGUUUAAUGUUUUUCGCACAAGAAAAGGUUUUUUCCCAGCUUUUUCAUUGUGGGCCUGCUUACGAAACAAUCCGCUGACGAUUGUUCUCGUGUGGACGCAGAUGUUUGUGUGUUUGCAAACUAAUCCGGACUCGUUUGAACACGGCCUGACGCUGUCAAAUUUUGAGUUGAGCUUACGAAAGGGCCGUUUUGAUCGACGCACGUCAACCGCAUGUGACCUUUUUGCAUUCUUGGCAGUGGGUUUGCCCAAAUUUUCGGGCAUAUUAUCUCCAUAGGGGUAAAGACACCUAGUAAUGCAAAUUUGGUAGCGUCGAGGUAUGUGACUUUAUUAACCAAUCUUGCAGUAACAGUAUUUUCUUUAUUCAUUAGACAAGAACGAUAGGAACCAACUCAAGCAUGGGGUAAGAGUACUAAAAUUAUUUGCCGUAGGGAUUAGGCCGUUUCGGAGGUCCAAAAACCCUCGUUUUCAGUGCGAGACUAAGGGCGCUUUGCAUUUAUCAGAACUAGCAAGCCGGACCAAGGUAUAUACAAUCUGUGUUGAACUUGAUAGCGGACGUCCUCGUGGACAUCCAUAAUAUGGUCAAUUGACAGAUGUCAAAAAGGGUAUUUGCUGACCAGCGUCACCUGACUGUAUCGCGGACUCAAGUGGCUUUACCAGUCAUUUUGACAAUAAAAUAGGCUUUUAUGAAGAGUUUUAGCUGAAAAACCAUCUCUUCGUGCAUACUAUUUAGGAUUUGCGUGAUCUGGCUGGAUAGUUUUGAUUGAAAGCGAAAUUCUCGUUACGACGGAAAUAGCCUGGCUGCUCAGCUCAGACAAAUGGGUUAUUCUUUCAUGUUACGCUUACGCCAAAUAGACCUACUGUUUCAUAUAAUAGUAAUAGAAUGUCCAUACUCAUGUAUACCCUGUAUACCCUGUAUACCCAUGUAUACCCUGUAUACCCAGUAUACCUUAUAUACCCUGUAUGCCCAUGUAUACCCAGUAUACUUUGUAUACCCUGUAUACCCAUGUAUACCCUUUAUACCCUGUGUAUACAGGGUAUACAAGGUAUACGAUAAACAGUCUAUUACUAUUACAUGAAGGAUAUAUCUAUUUGGCGUAAGCGUAGCAGGAAAGAAUAACCGACAAAUGGAAAGCGCCCUAAGUGCAAAAAACCUUUUUUGUGAUGUCCGCUUUUAUUUAAAUGAUAGAGCGGUUUUCAUUUGAGUGUCGAAAAGUAAUUGGUUUUGCACUUUCUACACGAUGCGAUUGGCUUAAAAGAUUCGCGCCACCUUUUCAUCCAAUCAGAAGUAAAACCAAAGCCAAUUGUGACAUUUGCGUCAGCCACAUGUAAUUACUUCGAGUUUUGAUUGGUUCAAUGUAUUGUCUGUGUCCUAUGUGAUUGGCCAGAGUAAUUACUUUGGUUUUGGUUUUACGACACUCAAACGAAAACCACUCUAAUACAUUGUUAGAUGUUUAGCAAUGUAUACAGGGUUUCCAGCAGUAACCGGAAAUGGGUCGCUUUAUCCACUUUAGUCUGCCUUUAGAAUCUCGACGAAUCUCGUGUACUGAAUCAUAAUUUAUUUGUCAUGCGUGUUUUAUGUUGGCGCUGAUGAAUUCAUCGAGUUAAACUGUUAUUCGUUAUUUUCAAUUUUUCCAGGCCUGUUGCAUGUCCUGAGCCAGUCAAGAUACAGAUCUACAGUGUAGGAUUUAAGGAAUACGAAAGACACUGUUAUGAAUUAUCAGAGAUGCGAGAGACAGGUGAGGAUGCGUGAAUCAUCUGUUUUCUGGGAGUAUUCGCAAUUUCUGUAUGAAUAGACCUCUUUCAUAAUGACGGCCUAUUAAUGUAUUCUAUUAUUAGUAUGAUAAUAAGCCUUUCUGACCUCGUUGGCAUGUGCAAAAUACAAAAGAAUUCUUACUUUCAAAGAAGGUCAGAAAGGCUGAUUAUCAUACAUAUAAUUAAUUUCCAUCCUUUGCGUUUGUAUAAAAGAAUAUAUUAAUAAGCCGCUAGUAUGAAAGAGGUUUAUGAUAUAUUGUAUUCAGGUGUUUGGCAUCGUGCGCUGUUGAGUUUACGGACGAACACUGCGGCUCAUACUCGGGUGUGAAAACCCGUGUACCUCACGAGUGACGUAGAACAAUUAAUACAAGAAGCCAGUGAGAAGUCAACUCAAUAGAGCCAAGGAAAAUAAUAGCUAGAAAACAAAGAAAAACUUCACAAGUUUUUACAUCAAGUAUGACCCAACACUGUGGGGACCGGCACUUAAGUGUCUUGUCCCCGUCAAAAAAGUGACUGAGGUACGGCAGGGCCUACGCCAGGUGUCCAAUUCAAGGAGAUGACGGUCUCAUAGAGGUGUCCAUUGAGAGGACUUGACUGUAUCUAUUGAAUUGAAUGCGGGGCAAUCUCAUUAGCAGAUGUUUAGGAAACAGUGGAUUUAAACAUCCUUACUAUACUACUAAUAUGAACAUUACGAUUUUGAUAUGAAGUCAUCCCACGCGCUCAGGGCCUGUCUUCACUCGGUGCGAAUGUAUCACUUGAUUUAUGUUAGUAGGUAGCCUGAGCCUGAUUGUAAGCUGUACGCUGGGAAUGAGGGUAACGAGGCUAAACAGUUGUGUUUCGUUUCUCACUUGCAACUUUUCUGGUAGACAAAGGGGUAAUGCUUGCUACCCGCAUUAAACAUCAUACAGUCGAAGGGAGUCUAAUUGCCGAGUAGUGCCAUGGCAAACAGCAGCUCUUCUGCAACCUACUGUGCUGCAAUGUUCCACAACAAGCUGCAACUUAUUAAUACUUCGGUAGUAAAGUCGAUAGCACUUUUUUGUCAUUGAGGGUGUAGUACUGUACCAUUCAUUUUUUGAGCAAAUUAAAAUGCUCUGUUUUCAUUUUUUUGUAGCCAGACUCAUGGCAACGACAACAAUAGAACCCGACAGUGACUUGGAGCAGAUGAGGGCUUGGAUCGAGCGGUUUAAAGAGGAUGAAGAGGAGGAGGUACGCUUAAGUUCGUUGGUACUGUCGGGGGGAGGUAUAUUAGGGCACGUAGUCCCUGCCUUGGUGGUCUAUCUCUCGUGGGGGAAGAACUGUUGUGGGGCCACAGUAUUUGGCACCACGCGCUGUUACGAUGACCGUACCAAGAAUUGGUGAACCUAUGAAGUAAAAGCAUUCGUCAACGGGGUCAACAUUUGUGACGAUAGUCGAAUAUAUCAGUGUUUGUCAGUGUUCCAUUUCGUUCUCGUAUUGAUGGCGAUGCAACAUUCCUCCAAAUUGAAGACGCCUUGGAGUUACUGCAGAAGUAUUCUUUCGCCAUAUUAGAUUUUUCUCGACCAUCGCAAGAAAAAAAGAGGGGAAUAUAACGAGUCUUUCAAAGUCCCAGCUACUUUUAAUUGUCUUUGCAUGGAUGAUUUUCUACUGUGUGACAAUCCUACCACACUACUGAAAGUCCUUUAUUUUGCCAAGAUCGUCGAGAUCAAGUGCUUUCUGUAAUGGGAGGUCGUCUUGAUUUCAUAUGUACCGAGAGGGCGUGCGUCGGGGUUUAUAGUGGUGGGGGCCCGGGAGAGAGGCGCUUCUUCCCCACCCGACGCCCGGGUUGUUAGAAAGAUUGAUACUCCUGAAACCAAGACGGCCGCACGUUUCAGUAAGCGAUUGAUCUCAACGAUCUUAAGGUGAUGUUACACGGGACGAUUCGCAACGACGAUUUUUAGCGCAACACAGCGUUGCAAUGUUGGAACAAUGUUGUAACUACUCGAAACAAUGUCGCAACAAUGUUGCAACGCUGUGUUGCGCUAAAAAUCUUCGUUGCGAACCGUCUCGUGUAACAUCACCUUUAUGGAAAACAGAGGGCUGUGAACAAACUGUGAUUCCACUGACUUGCCAGUAAACUCUGUAUUCUUUCUGGACAAGAGGUGCCAAAGACAUCUGCUUUAACGCGGCUGCGAGCCUUGAGGUAACUGUUGUUUUGUUUUUACAUCCACUUAGAAAUCCCCUUUGUCAGAUGAGUGGUGCUUUUUAGACAGUGAGUAUUACUUACGUUGUUUGUUGAUUUUCGUGGAUUGUCGCACAGGAAGCUGUGUACACUAGUUUACCAUUGUGUCUUGGAACAAAAAUGUUUAUAUUCUGUUUGGCCUGAAAACAAAUCUCUUCUAAUGCAAUGGAAAGUUUACUCGUUCCUCUGCUACAACCUUGCAUAUCUUUGCCUCAAGUCUAUGUAUUUCCUCAUUUCCUGUGAUUUGUAUACUUUUGGUGACAUUGCGCACCCUUUUGAUGCUGGUAUUUAGUUAAUGCUUUUCAGUUUCAUAUUUGUCACUUAAAAAGACAUAACUUUAUCGACCAGUAGAUGCAGUUUGGUGGAUUAUGUGGUGAACCUGAUUUUUUUCUUUUUUUCUCUGAAGCUACAUAUCCUGACAGAGUUUAUCGUGUCGAUGUAGCCCAGGUACCAAACGUUUUCUGUAUCGUUACCUUCGUUUCUUUCAACACUCUGACUUUUGACUUCAUUUUUCUUUAACCUCUUCAUUUCUUUAUUGUUUUCUUCAGGAGAAAAUCUACAAUGUAGUGGAUAUUCUAGAGGAUGGAAUAUUUAUUGUCGACUUAAAGGAUGAUUCGUUAAAGUAAGAAACUCCCUCGACUCGCAUUACAAAAGCCAGAGUAUGAAAGUGACGUAUUUAACAUGCAUUAAUACAUUUUUUUUUCAAAUAUCUUCCGUUUCUUUUUUCUUGUCAUAAAGCUUAGUUGCAAGCAUUAUCCCUUGUUAAAGGAGCACUUAUUUGUUACAUCAAAAAUAUUUUAUGAUACUUAGGUAUUAUCUUAUGACAUUUUGCCGGGUAUUUUUGCUCCCAACUGUACUGCCUUUCUCUGUUAACUUCUUUGAUUUUUUAUCUAUUUUUUUAUAUUUUAUUACGGAUGACAAGAGGAGCCCGAAAUUCUAAUCUCCAGCUGGACCCAGUUGUUCGAAGGUCGAUUAGCGCUAACCCGAGGUUCAGUUUUAACCCGGGUUUCAUUUUCUUUCGUUCAAAAGCAGUUUCUAGAGUAAUUUCGCUAUUCUAUUCAGAGUAUCCGAUCAUCAAAUUAUAAGCAAUUAACGCCUGCGUCGCGAGUGGAGGUUGGGUGCCCAUGGGCCAGGGGGCUGCAACCGCAAUACACCCCAAGGCAGAAGAACACCCACAGGCCUACCAACCCGCAACCCAGCCACGAGCCCCCCCGCGCCAAGCCGAAGGGACCUCCGGGUAGGAAACCCGGAGCAAGGGGGCUCGGGGCUGCAGAGCCCCAGGCCCCGAGGGCCCAAACCUGAGGCACCCACCCCCACGGCAGCCCCAAAGAUAGUAGAGAUACCUGCUAUGUAGCCAGCUGUCUGGAUACGUGGACGAUGGAGCUAACUGGAGUGCGAAUAUAAAUCUGGUAGGUAUCACUAGACCACCGGCCUAGGGUCUUGAUCAGAUGAUCCGGAACUCCCCGAGCAGCAGCUGUAGUUGCUGCCCCAAUACGGAAGCUAUGGCCUGAAUAGGAGCCAGUAUAGCCAGCUGAGUGCAAGAUAGACUGAACUGUAGAUGACAACUGUUGCCGAGUAAGAGGGCGACCGUCACUAAAAGUAAAGAGAGGACCCUCAGAAGAGCCACGCAGAGCCAAGAAGUUGCCCAAGGCACGGAUGGGACACACCGGGCCCUCACCACGCCCCACAUAUAUAUCACAGCCCAUGCGAAACGGAUCAGUCUUAGAGCACUUGAUAUGAACUUUAAAACAGGUAGGAUUCACCAGGGAAUCAGCUUGCAGGUCAGCAACAGUCAUAUGGAUACUAGGCUGAAAAGCGGAAUUCACCGUGAACUCCCCAGCUCGUAAGAAACCGAAGAAACCCAAACAGCAUGCCGCCCACAGCAUCACAUGGUCUCUCGUGGAGAAGUCCAGACGAUGUUGAAUCGCCCGCAGAUGAUCCAGGGUGAUAGGCAGGCGCCGGGGUGAUACUGGACCUUGAACCCGCUUAAUUCCCCUGAGCAAACGCUGCAAGCGAAGGCAGUUGACGAAAGGGUCCGACAAGCCAUGGUCAAUGUGUAGGGAACGUACUGCUGACAGGUAUACUUUUAUAGAGGCGUGGGUCAAGGUGUCGGCCAAGAGUGAAGCAAAGCGCAUGAGAGUCUCCUCAUCGGCAGGAGCGAAGGAGCCAUCGCUGUUAAGGCGACCAUCCCGGCGGCAAAAGUCAAUAUAGCGACGUUGAGCAGAGAGAUAAACACGCCGAGUGGAGGGCGCGAGUCCCUGGGAGAGCAGAAACUGACACCUCUGGGUCAACACGUCUGGAGUGCAGCCAGCAGUGACUCGGGAAUCACACAAGGAGUCAGGUCGGCUUGAGGUGCCAGGCGACGAAAACGCUGAAAUUGAAAGCGUGAGAGGGAGUCAGCUACUGGAUUGGCCAAGCCGCGAACUGACGACGCAGUAAACAUAAAUGAGUGGCGUAUAGCCAGCAAGGAUAGAUGACGCAGCAACCCCAUCAAGUGGUGGUCCCGUGAAGUGCCAGACUUAAGUACAGCCACCACAGACUCAUUGUCGCACAGGAACUCGACCCGCCGAGAGACCCACUGAGAACCCCAUAAGGCAGCGGCUACAACGAUGGGGAAGAGCUCCUUGUACGCGAUCAAUAACGACCGUUGCUGCAUAGACCAAGUGCCGCAAAACCACUUGAUGUUAAAAAUAGCCCCAUAGCCCAGCGAGCCUGCAGCAUCCGACGAGACUUGGAAGUCCGGGACGGGCGCCCACGUGGGCAUGCAAAAGAAACUGAGGCCAUCCCAGGUUUGAAAAAGCUCCCGCCACCAGGUAAGGUCCCGACGGAAUUCUUGGUUUAGCCUGAUGGGGUGAUCGUCCAGGCGGAAGGCUCAAAGCAAGUCAAUCAUCCGACGAAGAAAAGUCCUCCCUUGUGGGGCAACCUUGCAGGCAUGAUGGAGGUGGCCAAUCAAGGAUUCCAACUCCCGCCUCUUACAAAAACGCUUGGUGGACCACUCUUCAAGUAAGGUAACAAUCCGGUCUCUUUUCUCAGUGGGCAGGCGAGCCUGAAGCCUAUCGGAGUCGAGUUCAAUCCCGAGGAUAGUUAAGCAAGUUGUUGGUCCCUCUACCUUGUCAGGAUGAAGGGGGAGGCCAAGCCUCUCGCAAAGGCGAACACAGGUAAGUAAAUAGAAGUGGCAGAGUGGGGAUGACGGUGGACCAAGGAUAAAAAAGUCAUCCAGGUAGUGGCGUAGGAAGUCCACACCAUAAUUAUGAACCAAGAUCCAUUCAACCUGGUCCGCAAUAGAAGUGAAAAUAAAUGGCGCUGAACGCAACCCAAACGGGAGAACCAGAUCGACAAAGUACUUCCCACGCCAUUGCAUCCCCAGCAAGGGGCGAUCGUCGGGAUGGAUAGCCACAUUCCGGUAUGCACUGGCCACAUCAAACUUAGCCAUUAGUGUUCCGCCACCCCGCGCCAUGAUGCCCUCAAUAACUGCAUCGACUGAAACAUACUGCACUGUGAAGGGAGGCUUGGGAAUGCCAUCGUUCACGCUGUGCCCAACAGGAGAGGAGAGGUCAAGGAUGAGACGCCAUUUGCCUGGUUGAUUGUUCUUGGGAAUGACCCCAAAUCGGCUGAUAUGUAGAGAAGGAAAAGGAGGGGCUGAAAAGGGGCCAGCCACCCUGCCAGAGGAAACUUCGGUCUGCAAGUAGGAGUCGAUCACAAAUGGGUGCUCGAAGGAGGAACGCAUGUUCGAAGAAGCGGACUUAAGAUUGAUCAUGGACGACUCAAAGCCAAUGCGAAAACCCUCACGUAAUCCGGACAACACAUAGGCCACUGCUGCCCGGUCAGGAUGAUGCUGCAGCUCUGUCUGAAAUUGAUCCAGCCGUAGUGGAGAGACCUGGGAGGCUGGGGCUAAUGGCGAGAAACAAUGAACAGAAACUGCAACGCUGGGUAUACUAACUGGAACUGUAACAGAACAAGAUGACUUGACCGAGGAACGCAGAUCACGCUGCCCCACUGAAAACGCAACAAAACUAUUUACACUAUGUACACAAGCCUCACCGGGCGUAACCGCCCAUUCAGUACCGUCCCCCUCUCCCCCCGGGUUGGGGAGAUCGGGAUCGUGCGCCAGAGGAGUUGGGAAAUGGACAAUUGAUCUGGGAGUGUUCACCCUCACAGUUACUGCAGCGGUGUCGAUAUUUGCACCUACCAAAGGGCCAGCGGCACUGCCCAUCGUUCCAUGAAUGGCAAAGGACCAGGCUGGUGUCACGGGAGGCGGCAGGAAGUGGAGCUGAUGCCGUGGAAGAAGACGGCCGCGGUGGCGAGGGUGAGGCCACGGCUGGAGACCUUAAGUGAAAGUUGUAUAGGUCUAAGUUCAUCCUUGACCAGUCACUGAGGCCAGAGGCAGCCGCAUCCUUUCUGAACGCCAGGUCAUACUCUAACCAGGCUGCACUAGAAAAAUAACGAGCCGUUUGAAUGAUAAGCAGCUUAUACUUGGAGAGAUCGGGCCAACGAUGAGGGUGAGCCGUUCACAGCACCAUCUGAAAAAUAGUAAAGGCUUCCGUCCAAGUCAAAAUGUCUUUUAUUUCCACUUGCCUGCGUUUUGACGAGGACACCACGAGCUUACCAUCGAGGAACGUUUGCGGCUCCUGCUCCACGGCGCGGAGGUUCACGGACAACAAAUCUGCCAACUCGACAAACUGGCCACCUACAAUUUUUGACACCAGUUUUGAAGGAAUAGGGGCAUGCCCCGGACCAACGAUAAAAGCCUUCUCAGACUUGGCAGAUGCCAACGAAGACUCAAGGCUUGGAAGACCGCUAGUAACGCCGGGCGAUGCGAAAGUGGAGGGAGUAGGUGCUACGGGGCGGGCCGAGCUCGAGACGGUAAUGGCCGGCACUGGCGUAAACGUAGGAACAAACGCGGGAAGGGUAAACGUACCUGAAGCCACCGAAGAAACACCGACACUUGUACUCGCACUCGAAACGGACGCUGAAGAAAAUAAAGGUUGUGGAGCCCCGCUAGCAGAAACGCCUGGAACCGAGGAAGAAGCCUGCGAGGAGGCGUUUCUCUGGAUAGAUGAAAUAAUGGCGGGAAUGGAGUUUCCGAUUGCCCGCACCACAGCCUCGGUGAGGGAGUCAGCCAACUGAGGCGACCAAGAACUAGAAGCCGUACUCGACGCAGGACUUUCAGACGUUGCCGUAGAUGGAAGGGAGUCUUCGGUAGGAAGGCCCGCCGAUAAGCUGUUGUUGGUCGAGCGAGAUGGGCGCGGCAUUACAGAAGACAACCAAAAACUCUCCAGCAGAGGACGAACCACAACAGGAACAACGACGAACAACGGUAACGAAAAACCACUUCGACCGGAAAAAACUUUGACAGAACCAAGAGAAAACGCUAUGCUGCUCGAACUGAGAAACCAAGCUAACCAAAACUGGGGCAGAACCAAGAGAAACGCUACGCUACUGGAACGCCACGCCACGCCAAGAAAGCUUCGAGUACAACGCAAACACAACGUAGGCACGUGGCCUCCGCAUGCGCCAAAGCGACAUACCGCUGGACAGGAAACUGCCCCCAUGCUCACGAACAAUGGUAAACGCUACAAACGCAAACAUAGUCACGCACAACGCUACGGACGACCAAUGCGCUACCAAAGAAUGCCCAAAACACCCGGGACCAUAGCUCCUAGUCGUUAACUACAUUAAAUAUGAUUUAAUAGUAUAAAGAAUUAAACUGAAUUUGCUUUUUUAAGCUUUCAUGUCUGAAUUCAAAUUUCACACUAACCGUGGGCAGCUUUGAACAACCCAGCCCAGGUUGCCAUUACGCAUGCACGGCACGGCCACUAAGAAUGUAGAGAAUGCACAAAACACAAUCUGAUCACGCUCGUUUGAACCUUCUAUCACUCGUAAUCUGAUAGCGCGUGUUUUGACCAUCUGACCUUUGAUCGUUGCCGCCCGCUCUUCGUAACCUUUGGUUAUUACUAGUAUUGUUUUGUGGGUGUAGAGGGUAUCGUGGACGAUGGAAGGUUCCCAGUGUCCUAUACAACAUGUUAGAAACGAGGCCUCCACCGCAAAUCAAAGUGUCCAUCUUCAAGAACACCAAUUGUGGCUACCCCUAUGAAAAGAAAAAAACCGCAAAGGCGAGGAAACAAUUACACUAAAAACGAUUUAAUUUUUUCCAGAACACAACCCAACAAUAAUAAUAACAACACUGGCAAUUCAAUUCCGCACAAAAGACCGUUGUCCGUCCCUGGAAUACCUUUGUCUAGCAGGCCUACUCCCAUACCCGAUGCCGGCCGGUCAGUGUUUACUCUACCCCCUCCCCGGAGACAUAACAGUUCGCUUGGUUCCAGCCCAUCCGAGAGCGUGGAGGAGAUUUUGGAAACGACAGUUAUGACUCCUUUUUCAGCGUAAGUACCUUUUUCUGACUUAUCAGGUACCUAAAAACAACCGACCUAAUGGUUUAUAAUUUGCUUGCUCGUUUAUUUCCUUUGCUUAAUGAUGGAUUUCUGGAUUAUCUACAAAAAAUAUAUUUAAAAAGGGAGGGUAAAUACGUACGAGACUCACAGGGAGUUUUCGCUGAAGGGAGAUUUUGUUGUGCAAAUUAAAUGCAAGCGAAAAUCUCUCGUCUUUAUCGCAUGCACUCUUUAUAUUUAGCGGGUAGAUGCAAAAAGACCAGAAAGAAUUGGUUGUGCCGCAUAGUACAUCAAUUUUUGGCGCUUCUUUUUAUAGGAAAGAGUUCAAAUUGCCCUUCCCCGACGUCGAUGAAGCGGACACCAUUUGGUGAGUAAAACGUUUACCUUUUGUAGGGUGUUUCGAUCAAAUCAGUAAGAGAUAUUAUUAUAUAUCACAAGUUACCGAGCAAACUGAAGCAAGUGCUAUAUUUUUUGAAAAACAGUAAUUCAAUUACUGAGUGAUUCCAUUCGUUAAUUUUUGGUUCUGCUCAUCGUUUUGUUCGUUAUGUGGUUAUUAUACUGAUAGCCCCCGUUGAUUUCCCUUGCAAGCUUUACCACUAAUUCUGUGCGAAGUACAAUACUUCCCAUUUCUUGUCGCCGAUCAGUAGUAGUGUAGGUGGUUGUCAUAACGAUGAAUCCUGCAGGCGUGGGAGGUAUCGCAAAAGAAUUAUUUUACUUCAAGGAAGAGUUGCAGUGCAAAGUUUUCAACUAUCUCCUAAAGUAUCUCUGGUUUUUCCUGCAGGGUUAAGAACGAAAUAGUAAAGCGGAAUGAACAAAGUGAGUAGAGUUCUUAAAUGUAUUUUGACGAUUUUAAUUCUUGUUCAAUGUUGGAAACUAGGAAGAAAAAUACUGUUUUCGAAAUUUCUUCAAAUUGAUAAAAGACUCAGGUUGUCAGUUAUUUCUCCCACUUCUAAAAAUCCUCGUAGAAGGUACGGUUAUAUAGUUGAAGGUUUGUCCUUCAAGGUCGCUGGAAUAGUAAUGCUCGGUAUUGUUCUUUGUUCUUUGUAAAGGCAUGAUUGAAGCUUCCAAGAAUGGCGACUUAGAUAAGGUGAGAUCAUCUUUGGUGGAAAUAUUUCUCGGCAAUAGGCGUGUUAUUGGAAAAGUCCUUUCCAUUUCCAGGCUGUGUAGAAGACGAACAACUUGUAAACAUUGUCUUGUAAUAUUGUAUUUAAGUAAUUUGCGUACGUUUUCUGUCAUUCGUUUCGUGACAUUUCAAGUGAUACCUGCAUGCAUAGGAAAGAAAUACGUAUCAUACUGACGUUUUUACAUGUUACAGACCAAUAUAAAGUUUCAUCAUUUUACCUGAAGGUUGGCCAAGCCAGCUGAGAAACUUCUAAUCAUCUUUGUUUCGACCGUUGCAUCUUUUCAUUGAAACAUUGUGGAAUCAUUUUAUUAGGUAAUGGAGCUACAUCGAAGUGGUACGAGUUUGUCAGCUGGUGAUCACAGGGGAUGGAGACCUCUACACUAUGCCGCACGACAUGGCCACAAGGAAGUGGUCAGAUACAUCAUCUCCAAUGGUAUGAUGAAAAUCCAUACAAUAAAAUUAAGACGGACUCCAUCAGGAAAUUGAGUAGUUUUAAUUUUCCUUGUACCAGAAUAGUUUAAACGAAAUCGCAUUCUUUUUUACUUUUUUCAAGGGCUAUAGAUGUACAGUCAACUCUCUCUAAGACGGACACCUUUGGGAGCGGCACUAAGUGUCCGUCUUAUGGAGAGUCAAAUAAAAGGAGUAGAGAAAGGCAGGGACCAACUCUAAGUGUCAGUUUUACAGAGGUGUUCGUCUUAUUGAGGUGUCCGUUAAGAGAGAGUCGACUGUAAUUAGUGAUCUGUAAUAAUACCACCAAAGAAAAUUUCUUAUUAGAGCCCGAGAAAAUAAAUGUCAAAUCUCACUAAAUGACAUCUUACACAUGAAAUUUUCAGAAUUUUACCUGUGUUUUUUGCAAUUCUUGUGAAAUUUGACAUUUAUUUAAAAUUAAAUGGCAGGUCGGUCUCCGUGUUGUCAUGUGACUUUACACUUUUUACCUCUUGCUGGUCAUAAUUUGUUGUUGGCAUAUUACCAGUUAGACGAUAUAUGUUUGGUCCUUUAUUACGCUUGGGUCCAAAUUUUAUUACAGAUGAGACCUUUAUUACACUUGGGUGAAGUUAUUACACUUGUGCCUUCUACACCAGAUUACAUGUCCAGCUCCCUAACCGCUCGGCCACGCUCUUCCAUUCAAUUGUCUGCAUGUUACUAGGCGCUAGUUGUAUAAAACUUAGCACCAGAUCUAAACGUAAGCGUCCAUCGUUAAAGGGAAGAGUGAUUGAGCUUAAUGGAAAAUAUUAGCAGCGUGUACCAUACACCAGACUGCUGCUUGUUUCCCGAUGACGCAGGAACGCCAGCAUAUCAUAAGCAUCGUAAGUCGGACGAUUUAGAUAGCACGACCAGAUUUCCUAAACCAGCAUUUCUGAAAGCAAAACAUACAUUUGGUGGGAAUGCUCAUUCUCGCAGGCACAGAGCCCUGCUUGAGGGAGGUCAUUGCUAUAAAAGGAUUUUCCAUAAAUUCGACUUCCUGGUCAAUCACAGUCUUUUCUCACUGCACGUCCCAGUACUGCAUAGUAUUCAUCGAGCGUUUCUGAUCAUCUGUUGUUUCUUCCUUAUUCAGUUCCCCGAUGUGUAUUGGAUCUUGUAGAUGAAGAAAGGUAAAUAUGCUAAAGUUGAUGAUGCAACUCAUGACAGUGCGGCCAGUCUGAUGAGUUUAAUUUUGGGGGUAAGGGAGAACUUCCUCCCCCCCCCCCCCCCCCCCCCCCCCCCCCCCCCCCCCCCCAACAACAGCCAACAACACCACAUUAUAAGCAAAUAAAUUAUAUAUUUUAAAUUUAAUUAUAUUUUAAAAUUAUUUAACUUCUAUUUAUUAUAGUUUGUUUUUUUUUUUUUUUGUAUGUUCAUGUGUCUUUUUGUCGUACUGCAUUGUCACCCCCUCUCACGCGCUCGUAGUUGAGANAACGUCACCAAUGAAAAAGACGUUGUCAUUGCGAUUAUCCCAACUCGCUUAAGAUGUCAAAUGUAGGUGGAUUUCUCUGGAAUUGAAAUCUUUUUGUCGGAACACAAGUCUAGAUGAAGGAACGGAAAUUCAUCGUUGUGUUUACGUGUUCCAAAAAAGGUCGCACUAGUUUCAAAUGAAAGUACUCGGAUCGGUUAUGUAGGCUUUUGAGGUGUAAAAAAAGACAAAUUGCUAAAAGAUGAUCAGUUGUGAUAUCACAUAGAUUUAAAAUGACGGCAAACCAGGAAAUAAGCGUCUGUUCGGACGUCACAGAUGAGGCUAAAAAACUAAUGAAAGGCCUCACACCAAAGGGAAAACUUUCAUUUUACGGAAUACGUCAACGGGAAAUAAACAUACGUACGUGCUACAUUUAAACUUUGUUAAACUUGUACAACAGAACGGGAAACGCCCACGUUUAAAAACAGAAAAGCAAACAAACCUGUGGUGAUAGAAAAUCGAAGCAUGGAAUCAAUUUGUUUUUUAGCACAGAAAGUAAACUUAAAGAUUUUCUUUGCUAAAAGGCUUGACUGGGUUUAUUUUUUUUUUGCCUAUAAACGGUUUUUCCGUUUAACAUUCAUUCUAAUAUUCUUUUGCUGCUUUGUUUUUCCCCAAAAGGGCAACACGCCAAGAAUUCAAGCUUUGAAAGCUCAAGAUAAGGAACUUGCUAAGUACCUUGAAAGUACGUAAUUUAAGAAAUAUUGUUUAAGAGCUGAAACAAAAUCAUCAGGUUAAUUUAAAUCAAGUUUAAAGCAAUACACCCGUAGAUCAUCGUAUCCAUGGCACCCGCCACUUUUGUACGACCAUCGGAAAAGGUGAAAUGAAAGAAAGGGUGGUCUCUCAAGCGGAAAACAGGUAAUAAAAAUCUGACUGUACCAACAACUGAGAUAUAUUUAUUUCUUCCUUCUAUACCGGGAAGCACUCAGCAGAGUUCGAGAGUCAUCUUUGCCUUAUUACGUGGCGUAAUAGUUUACCGAAAAAAAUACUUCGCCAAUUUUAAUUUUAGAGCUCCUAACAAGCAAAACAUUAUAACAACAUCAAAUCUCUUGAGCUAUCACCGUAGGAGACUAAACUUUACAUCUCUUCUCCUGAAGUGGCUCUUACCAUUUUCUUUUUGUAUUUUAGCUCAAGAGCACCUACAGAUUAUCGCAGCUGAAGAUUACGAGACUGCCGUGUAA